CAGACGGCGGAUCAUGUGACGGCAGCAGUUUCUAAACGCCACCUCGCCGAGAGCCGCUCACCGAGGCAGACGCACGCUCGCGGGGGCCUUUCGUAACUUGGGGAAGUUUCGCCGGAGCGUCCUGCGCGCGUUCUGGAGGCUGCGCCGCUGCGCACACAGUCGCCGUUUCGGCGGAGUUGCCCGAUUCGUGGUUGUCUCUGCCGUUCAGCAAGGCAGCAGCGAACCCGCCACCUCUCCUCCAGGAAUAGACCGUGGGCCGUCAGAGAAGAGCCUGGCCUGUGCAGCCAUGCUGAUGUAUGAUUACCCUCUGAAGACAGACAUGGAGACGUCAUUCUACCCUUCGCUGGUGAAGACCCCGGAGCCUUACGGCGUGAUCUUCCCCCACCCCGCGCCCCUCUACCACAUGCACACGUUCACCCCGUCCCACACCCCCAGCACCCCCGCGCACCCCCAGCUGGACCAGCCGGUGGACCUGUCGCUGAGCAAGCGCUCCUCCUCCACCUCCACCCCCUCCUCCUCCUCCUCCUCCUCCCCUCCGUGCUCCUCCGCCUCCUCCCCGGCCUCGUCGCGCAGCUCCCCGCCGUCGCCGUACAGCUCGGCGAGCCGGGCGUCCCCCCGCUGCUCCCCCCCGCGCAGCCACCUGCGCUCCUCGCCCUCCCACGCCCUCCCCCCGCCCACUCCCCCGAUUCCCUACCCGGCCAUGGUGGCGCCUCUGCUCAGCUCGGGGUCGGGGGUCAUCCAGGGGUCGGGGGUCAUGGUGUCCCCGGUCAUGGUGCCUCUGUCGGUCCUCUACCCCUCGCAUCUCCACCUGCAUCAGUCGCUAAUGAUGAGCCCGCCCAUCGCCAGCGACAACGACCAUCACCAGAGAGACAUUAAACCAGUUCACUCCGCAAAACCUCUGGAGUCGCAGGGCGACGUCCACGAGCUGCACAAGCCCAUCAAAACGGAGCCUCGGCCCGAGCUCGGCCGGGACAUGAAAGCGUCCGUCAUCCGGAUACCGCACGACUACGAAGGUAACAACCCAUCAGUAAUAGUGAACCCGGUCCCGAAGCAUCCUCUGCCUGCUGACUCGCCCGACUCCCUGAAAAAGCGGAGAAUUCAUCGCUGCGACUUCACCGGCUGCAACAAAGUGUACACCAAGAGUUCCCACCUGAAGGCACACCGCAGGACACACACAGGGGAGAAACCCUACAAGUGCAUGUGGGAAGGCUGCACGUGGAAGUUCGCCCGUUCCGACGAGCUGACGAGACACUUCCGCAAGCACACGGGGGUGAAACCGUUCCAGUGCCCCGACUGCGAGCGCAGCUUCUCCCGCUCCGACCACCUGGCUUUGCACAAGAAGCGACACCUCCUGGUGUGAACCGGGCGCCGGGUGCUCGACGUGAAACAAACUUGGUGCUGGUUUCAGCGUUGGCCUGCACCACUUUGACUCGAGGCGUGAGGCUACUACACAUUUGCCACGAGUCCAAUCUGACAUCCCAACGGAAGUGUGGGUGUCGGAUCAGACCUCCAGUCGACUGUGGAGGGUCCAGACACUUUAGUAACGGGAUGCAGCCUCUCAGCUGGACUGAGAGGCGCGUCCCCCCUGUGGCCGCAGAACCAAAAAAAACCACACGAACUGUUUCCUCGGGCUUCUUCGUGCAUCUUCAGCUCUCAUUUGUCUGCAUGUAUUCAAGGACUCAAACACACACCAGCUACGCCAAUAUAAUGUGAAACUUCCCAGAAUGUAUCACCACACACCCGCUAUGCACCAUGCUAGCUUAGCGCUAGCGCCACCAGACACGCGGAGGAGCUCCACACACCUCAUCUGCCUCCACCAGCUCACACCAUGAAGUGACCUAAGGAAAAUAAACCGGUAGCUACCGCUCGCUUGUACAUACACACACACACUUGCACGUUUAGCGGCACACAAAGCUGAAUACAUGCACUUAAUCACAGGUUUUGUGUGCUUUUUGGUGUCCGGGUUGGAUAACGGAGGGACCGUGGGUCUCGUUCAUUGUCAGAGUGAAGUGUUUUUUAUGUUUUCAUUCGGAAAAUGUGAAAGCUGCUGCACAGGGGCAUUAUUAUGUCAGUGAGGAAGCGACGCCACUCGGUGGGUUUAAGGGUAGAAGCAAUGAAAUAUCUUGCGUAUUACGAAUGUCUUGUAUCGCAUUUAUGUACAAAAUGAAUUGUUGUUAUUAUGUGACACCGUGGUGGCCUUUUUUUAAUGUAAGACACUUUUAUAUGGGAUACAUGCAUUGUGUAACGCAGGGAGAUUUGCUCGUUAAUUGCUGUUCAUCAGGAGCAGGUGGCUUUUGUUUCAGCCCGUCUUUUAUGCGAACGAAAAUGCCAUUUAAUUCUACAUUACUCAAUAUUUCAGCAUGCUCGUAUGAUUCAAUGAAAGGUCAUUUUAGUGCGCCAUCCAAAAGCCAUCGCCCCUUUUCAGCACCAUUUUAUUGCAGCUUCUGGAGGAAACCGUUGUUUUGUGUAUAGCGUCUUCGUACCGAUUCAAGGUGCACUCACCGAAUGUAGCGGCUCAGAUUUGCUUCUGGAAGCUUGUUGUGGUUUAUGCUUGUACAUUUUUUUGUAUCUCUGCAAAUAUAAGUUGUAAUAUAUACAUAUAUAUUUUAUAAUUAUUAGACUGAAAGGGCAAUUAAAGGAUUUUAUUAGGCAUGAUUUUGAUACUCUUAUAUAAUAUUGGAUAUUAUACAUUUCUAUAAUGUUGUCUAUCUCUUUUUGUUUUUCUAAGCCUUGGCAAUUCAAAGGGAAACUGUGAACAUAUAACUAUACAUGUCUAUCUGAAAUUUUGCAUUUAUUUUAAAACCGAAUAUUCAUACCGUUUAAUAAACUUAUUGAUGAUA